AUGAGUGAAUACCUCCGGCGAGACUACGUCGUUUCAGAAGAGAUCGGACGGGGAAGAUUUGGUACCGUUUACCGAUGCUCGUCCACGGACUCCGGUGAUUCCUACGCAGUUAAAUCCAUCGAUAAGGUAGCCAUAACUGCCGCCGGAGACUCCCUCGACACGCAAUGCCUCUUUAAUGAGGCCAAAAUCGUUCAGCUUCUCUCCCCUCAUCCUCACAUAGUCAAUCUUCAUAGCCUUUACGAAGACGAAACGCACAUCCACAUGGUUCUCGACCUUUGUUACGAACCCAAGUUUCAUCACCAGGUCAUGCCGGAACCCGAAGCUGCAUCAGUGAUGUGGCAGAUCAUGAAAGCCGUGGCCCACUGCCACCUUGUCGGCGUGGUCCACCGAGACAUAAAGCCUGACAACAUUCUUUUUGACGAGGAGAAUCGGCUCAAGCUAGCCGAUUUUGGCUCGGCCGAGACUUUCAAAGAGGGCGAGCCGAUGAGCGGCGUGGUAGGGACACCUCAUUACGUUGCUCCUGAGGUCCUCGCCGGAAGGGAUUACAACGAGAAAGUCGACGUGUGGAGUGCCGGCGUCGUUUUGUAUCAAAUGUUAGCGGGGUUUUUGCCAUUUCGAGGCGAUUCCUCUGUGGAGAUUUUUGAGGCCGUGCUUCGCUCCAGUUUGAGAUUUCCAACCCGGGAAUUUUGUUCUGUGUCCCCUGCCGCCAAGGAUCUCCUGCGUAGAAUGCUGUGCAGAGAUGUCACUAGAAGGUUUUCUGCUGAACAAGUCCUGAGACACAGAUGGUUUAAAAUUACUGAACAGAGUGACUAA